AUGCAACCGCAUAAAUACAACAACGUUGUUGGCCUUUCCACUCUUGUGACAGUAGGUGGGCAAAAUUUCAUAACGCGGAAUCUGUAUGCUAAUAUCACCCAAGNNGACAUCAUUGCCUUUAGCGGCUCAUACGCCCUGACCGGAGUAUUCCUGAAGAUCUCCUUGGGCUUCUNNUUUUUCCUGCGAAUCAUCAUCGAACCCUGGCAGAGAGCGGUCAUCUACAUCUGUAUGACCAUCAGCACAAUCUACGGAUUCAUCUACUUUGGCAUCGUUACCUUUGGCUGUGGAGACCCUGAGAAGUUUCUCAUCCGGACGGUCCAGCACAAAUGCAUAUCCAUUACGGAUGUUACCAUACCUGCCAGUUACGUACACACAGCUUUAAACGCAACCACCGACUGGAUCAUGGCUCUCCUCCCCAUCGUCACCAUUUGGAACUUGAACAUGCCGCGCAUAACAAAGUUCUGGGCUUAUCUCUUGCUUGCGCUGGGAGCGGCAGGAAGUAUCGUCUCCCUCAUCCGCUUCGGCUAUGUCGAAGGCCUCAAACCAGGAAAACACUUCUUCAAGCAAAGUGCAAAGUUUGCUUUGUACAGUACCAUCGAGCCUGGUCUUGGUAUCACAGCAGUCAGCUUUGCAACCCUGCGACCACUAUUCAAGAAGUGUCUGGAAGGAGCAAAAUCGGUAUCUCAUUCUCAAGGCAGUCGUAGCGGCAAGAAGACACCUUCGAUUGUGCCGGAUAUUCAGCUCAAGGGUCUUCCUUUAUCUAGGUCUCGUCCACGAGAUGGAUUCCGUGCUUUUGGAAGUACGGAAGAUGAAGAUUCUCAGGGCUGGACUGAGGUUUCUGUUGUUUCUCCUGAUCUGGAAAAGGCGCAGGAUACCAGAUGGCCGCAAAGUCCUCGACCGCUGUGA